UAUAAACGCGGCGGCACCGGGAGGAGGAUCAGCUUGCAGCGCAGAGACGCCGUCUGAACCGACUUCAGCAUCUUCAAUUCAUUCGUUCUCGUCUUCCAAGACUCCAGAAGCGCUCCGACAUGAACACCCACCGUGUCAACGACAUCGUGGAGGAGUUCCACUGCAACAACGGCUUCAGCGACCUCAUCAUCGACACCAAGAAGUCCGCCGUGCACCGCAAGCACGAGACGUCCCGCAAAGAGGACGAGGACCAGUCCCGCUUACCUGCGCUGGAGGCCGCCUACACCAACAUCCUGCUGCACCUCGGCGAGGACACGCACCGUGAGGGGCUGCUGCGCACGCCGUUGCGCGCCGCCAAGGCCAUACAGUUCCUCACCAAGGGUUACCAUGAGACCAUCGAUGACAUCCUAAACAACGCCAUAUUUGAUGAGGACCAUGACGAGAUGGUGAUCGUGAAGGACAUAGACAUGUUCUCACUAUGUGAACAUCACUUGGUGCCGUUUUUUGGAAAGGUUCACAUCGGGUAUAUUCCCAAUAAAAAAGUGGUGGGACUGAGCAAGCUGGCAAGGAUUGUGGAGAUCUUCAGUCGGAGGCUUCAAGUUCAAGAACGUCUGACCAAGCAGAUUGCUGUGGGAAUAUAUGAGGCUCUGCAGCCGAAAGGUGUAGCUGUGGUUAUUGAAGCAGCGCACAUGUGCAUGGUGAUGCGUGGCGUCCAGAAGAUGAACAGCCGCACAGUGACCAGCGCCAUGCUGGGAGUUUACCUCGAGGACCUCAAAUCCCGGGAGGAAUUCCUGACUCUCUCCCAGCGCACCGAACAGAAGCCAUAGACCGUUCACUCCCGAGCCUCUACAGGGUUUCUGCAGAAAUCAGCAAGUCAAAUUCAAUGCUUUUUAAUGCCAUUUUAAUGCUAGACUGUAAAAAUUUUAAUGCCAUGACCAUGAACUCAACAAAUUACACGGGUUUGUUUUUUUGUAAAUGAUUUUUAUAUGAAAACUCUCCCUACAUUUCACUCUUUCUGAAUCCAGAAAUCACCCCCUGACCACCCACGGGCUGUAGCCAUUCUCUGAAUUCCACGUUUUCUGGCCAUUUUUGGUGGAAUUUGCGUUUCCCAGCUCUCCUCCACCUGGUCCAGUCUGCUGGACACUUUAAAAACAUGCAGUUUUUCGCAAUUGUCCCCGACCCGCCGGAACAAUUAUCACAAUGCUUCGGCAUGUUUACGCAGAUGCACAUAUCUGACGAAUCGCAGUCCAUAAUUAUAUAUUAUUAUAUUAUUAUUGUCAAAUACUUUUCUUGAAAAACAUUUUUAAUGCCACUGAGAAUCAAAUUUACUGCUUUCAAAUGCCUUUUAAGGCCUUAAUUUUCACAAAAUCAACUUAAUGACGAUUAAUGCUUUUUAAUGCCCUGCAGAAACCCUGCUCUAGAUACAUUAGCACACGAAAAGCUCUUAAAUAGCAGUGGAUCCACAGCUGACUUUCCUUUACAAAGUAUUCUGACUAAUAAAAGAACAUAUCAAGGUGCAGUCAGAUGCAGGAUCUCCAACUCUGCAGCUAACCUCAAUACACUGAUGCCUGAGAGAUUUCAGUCCUGCUGCUGAAAUCCAUUAGUUCAACUCAAUGUGAACACAACACACUCACUUCCAUAGUGCCUUUGCUAGAUACUUUACAAUUAUACAUGGCAAUAUUGUCGUUAUAAACCGUAUGAGUGCAAUAUUGUAACGUGACAAUACUUAAGAUUUGAAUUUUUGUUCUCUGAUGAAAAUUUUAUUGGUGCUUUUGCGAAGUGGUGCUUCUAUGCUUUUCUUUGCAUUAUUGUGUUAAGAAUCCCAUCAUUUUAAUAAUUCACCAAGCUGUGUUGUCAUUUAUAAAUGCAUUUUUAAAGUCUUUGUAUUAUAUGACAUUUGAAAUUGAAUAAUUAUAUCUGUAGUCCAACAAUGUUUUGAUCAGUGACCACUGUACCAUAUAUUAUGAAGAAUCUUUGCUUAAAUAAAAUGAUAUCAACAUUCUUAAAGUUGUAUCCUUAAUUUGUUCAGAGAAAGUUACUGUGUGGCAUUUGUUUUAUACAAGAAGCAGAAAUGGAAAGUUUCAGUGUACAUAAAGAAAACUAAAAGUCUACAACUUUUCAAGUGGCUGCAGGUGUGAUGUUUACUUUGUUCAGUCCUACUUUAGCGUGUUAGCAUGCUGAUAUUUGCUUUAUAUAUAAGUUCAGCUGAGGGGUUGUUUUACAGGCAUGUGAUUGUAAACCAAACCAGGAUCUGAUGAUUCUGGGAGAAAAGAGUUGGAGAAAACACCAAAGUCAUUGUGGUUUAACCUGAGGGGAACAUAAAUACGUGUAAAAAUUUCAUGGAAAUAGGUCAUGCUGAUGGGACGGUUUGUCCAAAACCACAAAUGUGAACCUCGUGAUGGUGCUAAGCUGGAGGAAAAGUCAAAGAAUAAAAUCAAGUUAUUACAGUCCA